AUGAUUAUUUGCAGUUUAAAAAACAAUCUUCAACUGGCAACUCUGAAAACUUUGUCCCUGGUCUCCAUAAGCGUGAUGUCACCGCAGCAAACGGUUCAAGAAUUGUUCCGAACGGCGGACUGCGUUUGUUUCGAUGUUGACUCCACUGUCAUCCAGGAUGAGGGCAUUGACGAACUGGCCAAGUUCUGUGGCAAGGGCGAAGAAGUUAAAAAGCUAACCGCUGAGGCAAUGGGCGGUAGUAUGACGUUCCAAGAGGCUCUCAAAAAGAGGCUGGAUAUAAUUAGACCUAAUGUUAGUCAAAUUAAAGAAUUUCUAGAUACGUUCCCGAUUCAUCUAACACCUGGAAUUCCUGAAUUAGUUAAAACAUUACAAGAGAGAGGCGUCGAAGUAUACCUAGUGUCUGGUGGGUUCAGAAGUUUAAUAGAGCCGGUUGCGGUGCAUCUUGGGAUCCCUACGCGCAACGUAUACGCUAAUAGACUUAAAUUCUUUUUUAAUGGCGAAUAUGCAGGUUUCGAUGAAAAUGAACCAACUUCAAGAUCGGGAGGAAAGGGGAUAGUGAUCAGGCGGCUUAAGGAACAACAUGGCUACCAGAGGCUCGUGAUGAUUGGAGAUGGCGCCACUGACGCUGAAGCUAGUCCCCCCGCUGAUGCUUUUAUUGGUUUUGGCGGAAACGUAGUUAGAGAGGAAGUCAAGAAGAGAGCUGCGUGGUACGUCACAAGUUUCCAAGAACUUUUGUCGUCUCUCUCAAUCCAGACCAAAUGAACAAUUAACCUAAAAAAUAUUUUGCAAGUGACUUUAUGACACCACAUAUGAAUCAAUAUUUAUUUGUGUUGUUCGAAUAUAAAUGUUAAAUUAUAAUUUAAUAGUGACAAAUAAAAAGUGACAGUUACAUAGUGUCCGCAAGAUAGAUUAGAAGUUAGAGGCAUUUAACGUUAUAUAGCAAAUACUAUUUCUAUAUACAAAAUUUAAGUCAGUCAAUACAAUCAGUAGUUUAAAUUUAGUUUUAAACCUAUCUUGUGUCUAGACUAAAGAUCCUACUGUAUAUAACUUGUAAAUGGUAUGUAUUAUUAUAGUUUAAUUGAAUGCCUCUCGCUUGUAUUUAAUCUGUUAAAAAGUAACAUUGUAAAAUUGAAAAAUUUCGGUAAAUAAAAUGUCUUCCAUAUAAGAUUAGUACAAGUGAUCUUAAGAUAAUAUUUGUUAGACGGAAUUUGAAUGCAUUUACACAUAUAUUGUUAUUUUUUUAAUUAGUGUACUAUGAGUACAAAGAAGUUAAUUAUUUCCAUAUGAAGUGGACUUGGUCCUAUAUUGAGGUGCUGAUAACUUGUGUCAUAUUUGCAGUUAUUUUUGAAUAGUGUGUAAUUUAUAUUAUAAUUGUAAAUAGUUUUUGUAAAGAAAUAUAUUAUAUUAGGCCAUUGUACGUUGACUAGUUAAUUAUUAGGAAAAUUUUAUAUUAAUAGAUACUUCACGGUAUUAAAAAUUAUAAUUAAGUUUUCCAUGUGCAUAAUGUGUAGUAAUGAGAUGUCAAUGAAGUUAUACCUAUGUAAUUGAUUUUAAGCUUUUUGUUAUAUCAAAAAUGGCUGUGUACUUUUUAAGAUAAAUAAAAUUAAUUUAAAACGUAAGAUGCAUAUUGUUUGUUUAAAUAAAUUUAUAUUACC